AUGUCAACCGUUAUUGUUGGCGGUGGGAUCAUUGGCGUUUCCAUCGCCUACUUUCUCUCUGACCCCGAUAUACAGAGCAAUCAACAACGGGAGAUUCACAUCGUCGACUCGUCGCCGGAGCUGUUUGCGUGUGCAUCUGGCAAAGCAGCAGGGUUCCUCGCGAGGGACUGGUUUUCGCCUGAGCUUCAACCUUUGGGUGCCCUAUCAUUCGACCUACACCGACAGCUUGCAGCUCAGCAUAGCGGAGGAGAGAGAUGGGGAUACAUGCAAGGAAGCGCCGUGAGUCUACAGGUGGUAGGCCGAGAUGGAAAGAAGACCGCGAGAGGUGAUGACUGGCUGCGUCGGGGAGCCAGUCGGGCUGAAGCCGCUAUAAAGGACACCGACAAGGACAGCCUGGUAACAGAGAGCCAAGAUCCUUCGCCUGCAUGGUUGACAAAACAGAAUGGUGGUACGGUAGAGAAGAUCAGUAACGAUAGCUGCGUUGCACAGAUAGACCCAUUGCGGCUAUGCCAGUUCAUGACUGCAAAAUGCAUCGAGCGAGGUGUGCGCAUUCACAACCCUGCCCGAGUUGUAUCCGCACUAAACGACGCGGCUUCGGGAGUGAUAUCAGAGGUGGUGAUUGAGGAUACCAAGUCGCACAUAAGGUCAAACGUUCCAUGCACAAACCUCGUGUUCGCCGCCGGACCGUGGACGCCUCGAGCUUUCGGCUCAGUCUUCCCGCUGUCCAAAGCACAUAUCCCGGUUCUUGCAUUGUCUGGGUAUUCGCUCGUCUUCCGCUCCCCACGUCAUACUCUGCAUCACGAGCAGGAAACCUAUGGAGGUAAGAGUCAUGCAGUAUUCACAACUUAUCCGCAAUCCUGCGGGUUUAGCUCAGAAAUCUUCGCUCGAGCCAAUGCAGAGAUAUAUCUUGCUGGGCUGAAUGGGCUGGACAUCCCACUGCCUGAAGUAGCGACUGACGCAGAAGCCCUGAUGACGAAGGACAAAACCGAGCGUGUCAGAGAAGCGGCGCGCGUCUUAAUGGGCCGUCCACAGGAGAAUCCAGAGGAAGCGAACAUCGAUGACUUGGAAGUGCUUAGGGAAUCUCUUUGUUUCCGCCCAUAUAUAGAGUCUGGGCUACCCAUCGUCGCCCGUCUCAAGGAUGAGAUAACAGGGAGCGCUGCCCGCGUCUCCGGCGGAGUGUUCAUGGCAACGGGGCAUGGUCCUUGGGGUAUUUCACUCUGCCUCGGAACGGGGAAAGUGAUGGCGGAGAUGAUUUCAGGAAUUGAGCCUAGCGUGGAUGUGACCGCCGAUAUGCCGGGCGAUGGCAGCGGAUAUGAUGACAGCCACCGCGCAUUCCUUCAGGCGUUUAUGGCGCGGUCUACUAUGACACUGGAGGAAGCGAAGCCGGUCCUUGCUGCCAUCUUUACUGUUAGCGAGGGGAGGGAAAUCCUGCCUGGAGAUAUCACCCAAACGGAUCUGAAUACCUACAUAGCUGCAACGAACACAGCAAUAUCGGGGUUCGAUCUCGAAAUCCGCAGCACAGUCCACCAAACGCAACAGUCUCGUGUCUACGCUCUCAUAAACUCCACCAGUGACCCUUUGAUGCAGCUCGCUACCACGUACACUGCAGAUGAGAUUGCAUAUGUCAAGCGCCUGCUAGAUGCCAUGUUCGAAUCGAAUAAUACCUCUCGCUGUGAAGCUAUGGUGGUUUCGUCCAUCGAAGCUGUGCGACUUGCCCGCGUCACGGCCAACAAUACUCGCAGACAGUCAGAGGCGACGUCUCAAGGCGGUACAGCCCAACCAUUGAGUAUGAAGGAUGCCGAAGACAUGUUGAAACGACUAGUGGCUGAAGGCUGGCUGGAAAGGAGCCGCCAGUCGUAUUACAGCCUUACUCCCCGCGCACUAAUGGAGUUGCGUGGAUGGCUGGUCGAAACGUAUAAUGACGAGGAGGACGAAGACGACUAUGACCGGGACACCCCUCGAAACGAUAAGAUCAAGAUGUGUUUUGCGUGCAAGGAGAUUAUUACUGUGGUGCGAACUCCCGGCAUUCUAUCUGCCUGGGAUAAGAUUAUAUUUUCUUGUUCUGUUACUUACGAUCAUUUUUUAGGGCCAACGAUGCUCGAAUCGUCAAUGCUCCGGACGUCUGCACCAAAACUGCACCCGCAACUUCUUCCGAUUGCAGCAGGCUGA